AUGAAUCGUCUUUUCCUUCUUUGCGUGGUGUUGUGUGUGGUGGCCGUUACAUCCACUACCCUCGCCAAGCCUAUUGAGAUUUCAUUGAAUAAGAAAGAAUUGGAUACCUCUGAUGCCCGUGUUGCUGCUUGGGUGAAUACUGUCCGAAUUGCUCAAAAGACCGGAGGACUUCAACAAAUGAAUAGAGCCUAUUUGAGAGCUGGUGCUUCUCCUAUUGUUCCAUUGAAUGAUUAUGCUGAUACUCAAUAUUAUGGAUUUGUUAGCAUUGGAACUCCAAAGCAAACUUUCAAGGUUAUUUUCGAUACUGGUAGCUCCAACGUGUGGGUUCCUUCUGAAAAGUGUUGGUCAAUUACUUGCCUUCUCCACAACCGAUACGAUCACACCAAGUCAAGCACCUAUAUUGCUAACGGAAGAGCAUUCAACAUUACUUAUGGAUCUGGAGCUGUCACUGGUUUCCUUUCUCAAGAUACUAACUCUGUUGGUGGUAUUGACGUUAAGGGACAAGUUUUCGGAGAAGUCACCUCCGAAUCUGGACUUUCAUUCUUGUUCGGUAAGAGCGACGGUAUUGUUGGUUUGGCUUUCCCAUCCAUUGCUGUUGACGGAGUCACUCCACUCUUCAACAACAUGAUGGCACAAAAAUUGGUCGAUCAAAACUUGUUCAGUUUCUACUUGAGUAAGACUGCUGGAAGCACUUCAAGUGCCAUGGUUUUGGGUGGUAUCAAUCAAAAGUACUACACUGGUCCAAUGAACUAUGUUCCAUUGGCCAAUAGAACUUAUUGGGCUAUCAAGAUUGGUGAUGUUGGUGUUGGUGGUCAAUAUAAGGGAGUCUGUCCUCCAGGUGGAUGCCUUGCUGCUGUUGAUACUGGUACCUCACUCAUUGCUGGUCCAGCUUUGAAGAUUGGUCCUAUUAUGGAAUCAUUGAAUGUUGCUAAGGAUUGUUCUAACAUUGAUUCUAAUCCUGAUGUCACUUUCAAGAUUAAUGGUAUUGAAUACACACUCAAGCCAAGAGAUUAUGUUUUGAAGAUUUCUCAAAUGGGUGCUACUGAAUGUAUUGCCGGAUUCAUGCCAUUGGCUCUCCCACCACAAUUUGGUGACUUUUGGAUUUUGGGUGAUGUUUUCAUUUCAACUUAUUAUACUGUGUUUGACUAUGAUGGAAACCGUGUUGGAUUUGCCAGAGCUAAUCAAAAUUUGUAA